AUGCUUGAGGCUCGAGAUAUCUGCGGUUCUGCCACUGGUAGAAAUGGAGGCCAACUACGACCACAUGCAUACUCUCGAUACAUCAAAUGGUCGGAUCGAUUUGGUCCGGAUGGAGCAAUGGAGCUGAUUAGACACGAGGUGUCCCACCUUCAGGCUUUCCGAGACCUUACUGAUGCAGAAGACAUCGCGGAGGAAGUCUGCUUAAAGUUCAAUGAGACGUUCGAUGCUGCAAUGACCGACGAAGCUUGGGACCGCCUCAAAAAGAACUAUGAUGCCAUGAAGAGAGACMAUGGAGAAUCCAACGAUGUUUGGAAGACUUGCAGAUUGAUUGAAGAUUCUCAAGAAGCGGAGGAAUUCUCGCAGAUGAAGGGUGCCUUGGCUUGCGUGGUGCACCCUGCGGGUCAAAUUUGGCCAUACAAGUUCGUGCAUGCAAUUUUGCGCAUCAUCCUCGAAAGGGGCAAUCUAAAUCUCCAAGCACACAAUCCAGCACAGAAGGUUUCCGAACGAGAUGCAGACGGCUGGAUCAAAGUUACAACUGACAGAGGGGAGAUUCGUACCCGAGCAGUCGUACACACAACUAAUCGCUGGGCCUCUCAUCUCAUGCCAGAAUUCAGCAAACUGAUCAUUGGUGACCGGGCCACUCUUGCAGCCAUCAAAGCUCCCGAGGGCUUCAUCAAGCAUACUGGCGCACAGCACUGGGAUGUUGCUGUGAAUAACUACCACCUUCAACUCCCUCCGCCUUCCAACGCCAUCAUCCUUGGGGGAGGAAGACAGUUCCUGGUGCAUCAUCCCGAUGCAACAUUUCCUAGCGAUGACGAACAUGAGCAGAUCGAUGGUGUCGCCGAAUUCUUCCGAACGUGGCCUACCUCCGAUGUUGCAGGAUGGGAAGGCUUCUCAGAACUCGCUAGGGACGUGGAUGAAGGCGGCUGCUGGACAGGAGUCGAAACAGAAACCGCAGAUGCAUUCCCUUUCGUCGGCCCCGUACCACAUCGUGAAGGUCAUUUCAUGGCGGCAGGCUUUGUCGGUCACGGGAUGCCUCGAAUUCUUGGCUCGGCCGCUCACAUCGCUCCUCUGAUCCUCGAAUCGAUUGGAGUUGAGCAUGUGACGCCAUCAAUUGCUGCUUCUUUCCCACCCUUACCUAAGCCUUUCCGUGCCACUGCGGAGCGAGUAGAAAGACUGCAAAAGGUUGCUGAUAUCGCUGCUGAAGUGGAGGCUCACAAGCAGAAGUGUCGGGAAAGUGCGGCGAAACCAUUCUGCAAUGACGAGCGAAGCAGGCCGCGUAUUUAG